CAUUCCAACUUUUAUUCCUGAUGGGAAGGGAGAUACCAGGGUAUCCUGAAAAGAUCUGCCCCUUAGUGGCUGUGUGACCUUGGGUAAGACCCUUUCCUCUCCAGGCUUCUGUUCUUCUCGAGUGAAGGUACUGGAUGAGAAGAUUUCUUAGACCCCUCAAUCCUGGGAAUUUGUUACUGGUUAUCUAUGCUAAGAGAACACGGACUCUUGAGUUCUGGGCUUGGCUCAUAAACCCAUUUGGGUGACCCUUGGGGCUCAUGUCACCCAAAUAUAAUCCAUGUCACUCCAGGUCCCUGCCACCAAGGAGCUGUGACCAUAACAUGUGGCCAGGGCAGCCCCUACCCUGUGCCCAGGACAGGAGAAGACCCCUCCCCUUCCCACCCCUCAGGGGGCUGGGCCUUCUCAAAUGCCAUCUAUUUGUAGAUCCCAGUCCCAGGGUGGGUCAGGCAGGGGCUGGCAGGGAGCAUGUGACCAGUGGGCAGGGGAAAGUAUUUUUAGGAUGUCAAUGAGAGAGUCUUGAGGGGCGGGGCCCAGCCCAGUGUCCCAGACUGAGCCAACGCCAUGCCCCUCUGGACCCAGCUGCCUAACACCCCCAGGCUGUUUCAUGCCCCCCAUCAAGCUGUGGGGACCCAGAAAUGGAGAACUUCGAAUAUAGUAUCCAGCUGAGUGACAAGGAUUGGGCGGACUUCUCAGAGGCCGCAGAGGAGUGUGGCCUCCUCCAAGCGGCUCUGGCCUCAGGGGACGAGCCGCUGUCCAGUGACAUUGACCAAGGGGACAGCAGUGGCAGCAGCCCUCCCGGGCCCCCUCCCCCUCUGCUCCUCCGGGUGAAAGCGGGCAGCCCCCCACCCGAGGGCCUGCUCAAGGUGCUGGGCAGGCGGUCCCUGCCCGGGCACCCGGCCACGGCUCAGGGGGGCUGCUCUGGUAGUGAGGAGGAGGACGGCGCAGACACUCGCCUGGUCAGCAGGUUUCGGUGUGAGUGUGUCCUGGCCCCAGCUGCCGGUCAGCAGACUCAGCGCACGUCCACCCAGCUAGAAGAGCAGCUGCCCUCGGCUGUCCUCCGUCCUGACCGGCUCCCUCCUGCCCCGGCUCCUGAGCCUAGUCCCCGGCGUGACACGAUGCAGAAGGCCCCGCAGGGGGAAGCUGCCCAGGCCACUGAGGCUGGAAUCCACUCAGGGAAGGACCCCCCAAGCCAGGCACCCUCUGGCCAGGAGCAGCCCAGCAGCCUCAGCUCGGCCGAUGGGAAGAGGUCUCCCCGAGAGCCCAAUCCCGGAGCCUCCCCCCGAAGCCCAGGCAAGAAGAAGAGGAGGUCAGCGGGGGCCAAGGGAAGUGGAUCCCCCAAAGCUCAGGAUGCCAGGAGGCAGGGCCCCCCCAGCCCCUCUUCAGGGGGCCGGCCAGACAGGGGGCCCAGCGGCAAGACGCACGGCAGCUUGGCCCCAGCUGACUUGGAGGAAGUUGGUCGAGGAUCAGAGUGGCCAGCUGGAGCAGCUAGAUUGGGAUCUAGAGUCAGCCCUGGGACAGACCCCCGGCACCCGGCCUCCACCCCUGCUCUGGGUCCUGAGGCAGCCCCCCAACAACAGCCAUUCUCAGAUCUGUCUUCACCUGUCUCAAAGACUGAGACCCAAGUGAAUGUGUCUACACCUGCCCAGAUUCCUGAGGAGGCAGAGAACCUGUCUACACCUGUCUCUUUACCUGAGAAGGGAGUGAACUUGAUUGGAGUAGCCUCUGAGGCUGAGCCAGGUGGCAAUCUGUCUACACCUGUCUCCUUAACUGAGAAGGGAAUGAACUUGAUUGGAGUAGCCUCUGAGGCUGAGCCAGGUGGCAAUCAGUCUACACCUGUCUCCUUGCCUGAGAAGGGAGUGAACUUGAUUGGAGUAGCCUCUGAGGCUGAGCCAGGUGGCAAUCUGUCUAUACCUGUCUCCUUACCUGAGAAGGGAGUGAACUUGAUUGGAGUAGCCUCUGAGGUUGAGCCAGGUGGUAAUCUGUCUACACCUGUCUCCAAAGAUAAGCUGCACAAGGAUGUGUUAACAUCUGAUACCAAGAUCAAUUCAGACAUUGGCUUCUCUACGUCUAUCCCCAAGUCAGAACCAGAAAGGCAUUGGUCUACACUUGUUCUCUUGGCUAAGUCAGAUGUCGGCCCAGCCAGUCCUGUCCCCAAAGCCCAGCCAAAUGUGACUAUGUCUACACCUGCUCUCCAGGUCCAGCCAGAUGUGAAUUUGCCUACACCUGACCUCAAGGCUGAGCCAGAUAAGAAUCUCUCUACUUCUUCCCCUGGAGGCAGGGCAUAUGUGGGUUUGUCUAUACCUGCCCAAAUUACUAAGAGUUUCCAUCUGCCAGUAUCUCCACAGGGGCUCCAUGGGGAACCUGAGGAAGGCAGCCAGGCCGCCUUGUCUCCAGGAACCCCUGGGGAGCCUUCAACGGUCGCUGAUGAUGUCACACACUCCCCUGGGGUUGCCACCCCAGCCCGAGCCCCCAGGAGGAAGAAAGUCCGUUUUUCGGGGGUCUCUACCUCCCCUCCAAAGAACUCAGCCAUGGCCUCCCCAUCUUCAGCCUUGCCAGACAGUGCCAUCUCUGAGCCCCUCAGGACUUUGGGCGGAGCCCGAGGGGGCCCCAGAGCCUGGGAUGCAGUGGCCGUGGGGCUGCAUCCCCAGCCACGGAUUCUCAAACACCCGCCUUCCCCUUCCGCCUUGGCCAGGGAGUCUGCAGGACCCAAAGAAGACUUUGCUCUCACUCUGCCCGAGGCCUAUGAUUAUUUUUUCUGUGACACCAUUGUGGAGGAGGGAGAAGAGGAUGAGGAGAACAUCCCUUCCAACCUGCAGUGGCCCGAGGUGUGUGAAUAUUUUUUCCGGGACAGUCGCCUUCCAGAGCAGAGGCCCCCACCAGCACCUCCUCUCCAAGUGGCUGCCCCUGUCGAUCCAGUCCCCAUCUCUAUCCCAGAGGCCUAUGAACACUUUUUUGGGGAGGAGGGGCCAAGUGGUGUCUUGUUGCCUCCAAGCUGGGUCCCAGUGGCCCUGCCCAACGAGCAGACUCUGGGGCCUCUGGGGCCUGAGCAGGCUCCCCUGCAGGUCUGGCCUAGAGUCUCUGCUCCUGAAGAACAGAGCCCCCCGAAAGCUGAGGAAUUAGGCCUGACCAUGAGUCUCGAAGGGGAUCAGAGGACUUCACUCAUCCCCAUCACCUUCAACCAAAAUGACAUGUGUCUGGGGUUCGUGGCCUUCGCCACAUGGGCCGUGAGGACUUCGGACCUUCAUGCACCAGAUGCCUGGAAGACAGUGUUGCUGGCCAACAUCGGUGCCAUCUCUGCCAUCCGCUACUUCCGGAGGCAGGCGAGAGAAGGACGCCCGUGCCCGUAGCCCACGUCGGGGCCAGCUGGGGCCCAGGCAGGCAGGCCCCAGCCAGGGAUGGCUGCCUAGACUCAGUUUCGAGUGAGGGUGGCAACCUGCCAGCGUGGGACUGAAUUCUUCAGACCUCUGAUCAGCCUCUCCGUAAUGACCCCAAGGGGACAGUUGUCCAGCUUUCAGCCUUCUCUGCUUGGGAGGGAGAAGGGAAGCAAAUCCUCACCUUUCCCUUUCAAUGAGCCUGAGAGGUCUGGGUCCCUUUUGGAGCUGAAGGCCCACAUAUAGGAUGGAUGGCAAGUCAGGUUUCAGAAGGUGUUUGCCUAGGAGUGGGUGUCAGGGACAUGGGGUGAAUGUUGGUGGUAACUAUGCCUAAUGGACCCUCAAGUGUCAUGACUUGGAUGUGUGGGGGGGAAGCCAAGCAACUCCUGAAUGACUUGGAGGUGGUGGGCCAGAGACUAGGUGGGCAGUAUGGAGGAGAAGUGGUAGGGACUAGGCCAGGCUGGCAGGGCACAGCCUUAGCUUUGCCCAUUGGGCACACAGAGCACCCACUUCAGGUAAGCCCUCCCAAUUCACUGGUGAUGCUGAAGAUGGUUGGUGGAGGUGUCUCUCUUCUCUGCCCCCUACUUGGUGACAUUGUAGUUGAUGGGGGUCAGAGGGGAGGGUGGAGAAGGCAGGAGGGGGGUGGUCAUAGAGACACAGCUCCCCGCUCUUGGGGAUAGAUCAGGCCCGCUCAAAUUGUGGGUGCAUGGAAUAAAGACACCCUGGAAGAAGCUGGUAGGAUUGACUCUGGGUCAGGGACGAUAUUGGCUGAUAUUAGACAUGUCUUUGGAAACUGAGGGAUCCCUAAGAAAGUACUGAGAUCUCAAGGAGAGGUGGGCAGGAGACUGAGACGUCAUUUGGACCCUGGCAGGAGACAGGGAGCAGAAGGCUGGAGAGAGGGACUGGAGGCUCCUGGACAUUGAAGGGGAGGGUUAAGGGAGGUGGGAAAAGGAAAGGAAUGGGAAGGAGCUGAGAGGGCAGCAGGAUUAAAGGUCAUAGGCCAUGGGGCCUCAGUGGGGGCUCUGAGCUCCUCUGGAGUUCCCUGAGUUACCCCAGUGACUACUGGUGUGAGUGUGCUGGAGGGGGGGAGAGGGGGAAAUGGACACACAGACACAGGGUGACAAUAAAAUGUCUUUUUCUAUUUUGGGGUUGCUGGGUUGAUUUCCCCAGGAUCAGCCUCAUGCCCCUCCCCCAGCCCAAGCUGACGGCACUGUGGCUCUUUACCCAGAAACCAACAUGGGACAUGAACUAAAUUCUGAUUCGAGGGCCAAGCACAUGCAGCAGAGGGGAUGGCUUGGAGUCCCUCCCACUUCUCCAAGAGUGGCUGGGGACACUGGGAGACUUCCCCAAAGGAACGACCUGGAAUCUCUGGCACCCAAUUCGGUCACCCCUUCCUGAGCUCUCCCUCAUCCUGCCCUGGCUCAUCUCAAGGGAAUACAGGGAAGUGUCCAUUUAACCUGUCCCUUACUUACCCCUCUGCCCCUAGAGUCCACUGACCUGCUCACAGCUCUUCAUGAAGCCUCACACCAGUCU